CUUAAUCUUCCCCAAGCCAUGAAAAUGCAGAUGGGUUUCACAGUUUUGCUAAUUUUGGUUUCUAUUUUGCUUAUUAACAUUGGCUCUAGUAGAGCAACUAUAUGUUAUGAUACAGGGAAUUUCACAACUAAUAGCACUUAUGAGAAGAACAGAAACCUGAUUCUCUCAUCUCUUGCUUCUAAUGUCACUCUCCAUGAAGGGUUUUUUUACAAUGCAAGUAUAGGUGAAGAGCCUGACAAAGUUUAUGCUCUUGUGAAUUGCCGAGGAGAUGCUUCUGCAGAAGAGUGUGCUAGUUGUGUAAGUGACGCAGCCAAAGAUAUUUUGAAUAAAUGUUUGAACCAGAAAGAAGCAGUGGCAUGGGGAGGCAGUCCUCAGUGCAUUGUGCGCUAUUCAAACAGGUUAUUUUUUGGAAAAAUGGCGGAGGAUCCUAUGGCUGAAGGAAGUUAUGGGAGUAAUAUGAGCUUGAACAUGACACAGUUUGAUCAGACUUGGAAGAGUCUGAUGAAUCGGUUGUUGAGAGAAGCUGCAGCUGGGUCUAACAAUUCUACAAGAAAGUUUGCAGUUGGGGAGGAAAAUGUAACAGACUUUGUGAAGAUUUAUGGACUCAUGCAGUGUACUCCUGAUAUUUCAGAGACUGAUUGUAAGGAUUGUCUUGGUCCAUCUGUGGGAUUUUAUGAAAGUCACUACCAUGGGAAGCCUGGUUGCCUUAUUAUGAGACCUAGUUGUAUGUAUAUCUGGGAUUUGGACCCUUUCUACAAUGCCAGUCUUGUUUCCAUAUCACCAUCUCUUCCUUCUCCAUUAGAUAUCACAAAAGGCAAAGGACACAUUACAUCUAGAACUGUCAUAAUCAUUGCUUUUUCAGUACUAGUUUUUGCUAUAGGACUUGUUGCCUUCACUUGUGUUGUUGUUAUACAGAGGAGAAAGACAAAGAAGGAGAUCAUAAGCAAGCAGGACACAGAAGAUGGUGAUGAAAUUGACGAUGUGGAAUCUUUGCAAUUCGACUUCAAUGCUAUCAGAGCUGCAACAAAUGACUUCUCAGAUGAUAGUAAGCUUGGACAGGGUGGAUUUGGUGUUGUUUACAAGGGGAGACUUCCUGGUGGACAGGACAUAGCUGUGAAGAGACUGUCUAGAGAUUCUAGACAAGGAGAGGUAGAGUUUAAAAAUGAAGUCCUCUUGGUGGCCAAACUUCAACAUAGGAAUUUGAUUAGACUUUUGGGUUUCUGUUUGAGAGGAAAUGAAAGGCUUCUCAUCUAUGAGCUUGCGCUCAAUUCAAGUCUAGAUAACUUCAUAUUUGGUAUGGUUUCACUGCACUUUUGCUUUUAUUUCUGCCAAUCUUGUAAAUUGUUCUUGACUCAAAAGUGUACAAUCUUUCCAGAUCCGGUAAAGCGUCUAUUGUUGGAUUGGGAGACUCGAUACAAAAUCAUAGGGGGCAUAGCACGAGGACUUCUUUACCUUCAUGAAGAUUCUAGGUUUCGGGUUGUUCAUCGCGAUCUGAAAGCUAGUAAUAUUCUUCUAAAUGCUGGCAUGGUUCCAAAAAUUUCAGAUUUUGGAAUGGCGAAAUUGUUUGAAAUGGAUCAAAUUCAAGGGGAUACAAGUAGAGUUGUUGGGACCUUUGGAUAUAUGGCUCCAGAGUACAUAAAGCAUGGACAAUUCUCAGUCAAGUCUGAUGUUUUUAGCUUUGGUGUGCUGGUCCUGGAAAUUAUCAGUGGUCAAAAGAACAGCUCCUUUGGUAACGAAGAACAAGCACAAGAUCUAUUAACCUAUGCAUGGAGAAAUUGGAACGAAGGGACGGCUUUGAAUCUGAUAGAUCCUACUCUAAGAGUUGGUUUUAACAGUGAAGUGAUGAGAUGUAUUCACAUUGGGUUGCUUUGUGUCCAAGAAAAUGUCUCAAAUAGACCUACAAUGGCUGCAGUUGUUCUCAUGCUCACUAGCUGCUCUUUAUCUCUCCCUAUUCCCUUGAAACCGGCAUUUUUCAUGCAACUGGACUCGGAGAUGGAUGAUUUAGAAUCACCUAUGCAGGGUCACAAUCAAAAUCAUGUUCAAUUUUCCUUGAAUGAGGCUUCAAUUAGUGAGCUAGAGGCUCGCUAACAUGUUUUGUAUGCAUGAAAUGUCUUGACAACACGCUUUUUUUUUUUUUUUUUUUUGGGGGUAAGUAACAACUAGCAUUAUUACAUCAUAGACAAGCCUUAUUUGAAUUGAAUGUACUUGUUCUGAUAAGGGUAGACUUCAGUUAUGGAAAGUUCAUCUACAGAUGAAAGCAUGGAUUUCCUUGAAGAUUGAACUGCUUCCAGACCCAAUUCUGGAGUACUCUGCCCCGUCCUGCUACAAACGCAGAAUGCUGGGCUAUUCAGUAAUGGCAGCGUUACAGAGAAACUGCUAAGCAUGAGCAAUGCAGUUGUUAUCAUAGGUCUGUCUGCUGGAUCUUCCUGAACACACAAUAAUCCAAUAUGGAUGUAUUUGGUGACUUCAUUUCAAUGAAAAAAUUUGCCUAGA